AUGGCUAAAGACUCGCUAGAAGAGGCAGGCUCUUAUUUUGAUGAACUCAAGAACCUCAUUGCACUGGAGCCUGAUGUCAGCCAGAAGACCUCAGAGCUGAAGGAGGGGUCUAAAGACUUUGUGGACAAAAUUGACCAGUUUCAGAAAAUAGAUGCGAUUCGGCUGAUUGAUGAACUGGCAAAAGAAGUGGAAAAGGAAAAGAGGAAAUAUUCAUCCUGUUCUCUGCUCCUUUUGGCGAUAGCAGCCAGGAAUCUGUGGAGGUUAAUGACAAGACAGAGGGAGGCUCAACAGCAGCAGCUGCAGGCUCUCAUUGCUGAGAAAAAGAGCCAACUUGAGUGCAUUUUAGCUGUUCUCAGUCUAGAAGAGAGAUUGCUCUCCAAGCCUGCCACCUUGUCGAAGAUAGAGUCGGAGCAGAACGAACUCAUCGACCAGUUCAUUUAG